GUUUGUGUUUUUCUCUAUCACUGCAGCAUUCUUGCAGAGCAGCCUAAACACGACUCUCAGCAGAUAGACAGAGAGAAGACACUGAAGACACAUUGGAUAGGAGAUAAAGAGAGGAAGACAGAAAUAGAGUGAGAAGAAAGGGAGAGAGAGAGAGACAGCACCUCCAGAGUGACAGCGGACAAGGAGCCCGAGGGAAAAGAGAGACUGCUGGACGAGACACACCCCCCGACAGAUACGCCAACAAACACAGACACGUGUGUCAGUCUGUUUUUGACGCGCACCAGAGGAUUCCAGGGGUUCCUGGUGUGUGUGUGUUUGAGGGGUUGAGGGUGUGUGUGUGUGGUGUUGAUGGGACAGUAAGAGAUGUGUGUAUCUCAGUAUCAGAGGGGCUGUAGCCCCCCUGCCCUCCUCCUCCUCCCUUUGUUCCUCCUCUCCUGCUCUCAUCUACUCGCUCAUGGAGCCAUUCAGAUCCCCCAAAACUAUAAAGUACAGAACAUGUUACAGCCUCCCACUCUGACAAAGAUGCCUGAGUCCUUAACGGCCUUUUCAUUAGACGAUAUCAUGCUGCUCUGCGAGGCCACUGGCAUCCCCACACCCAGUUUCCGCUGGGUAAAGGAUGGUAAGAAGUUGAACUGGAUGGGACAUAGUGGUUCUGGAAAUUUCACAGCCCAUGGCGACAAGCCGCUCAGCGAUUACCAAGGACACUACCGUUGCUACGCCGACAACACCCUGGGAACAGCCAUGACACACACCGUCAAACUCAUCACUGAAUCGACACCGACCCUCCCUAAGCAGAAGAGAUCACAUAAAACGGCAGAGGAAGGAGCUAGUGUUGUUCUCCACUGCAACCCUCCCAGGAGCUCCACCAUCCCUCACAUACACUGGAUGGACAAGAAACUGCUCCAUAUAGGUCAGAGUGAGCGUGUGACGACAGGUCUGGAUGGAAACUUGUACUUUGCCAAUGUGUUGAAGAACGACAGUCGAGAUGACUACACUUGUAAUGCUCAAUACAUCUCUGCGAGGACCAUCCUGCCUAAAGAACCCAUCUCACUCACUGUCACACCUAGUAAUGACGUGGCUCGUGGCAGGAAGCCCCAGCUGAUGCAACCUCAGGGCCCCCACAGCUCUCACCUGGCCCUCAGGGGCCACAGCCUGGUACUGGAGUGUAUACCUAAAGGGCUUCCUACUCCUUCGGUAUUGUGGAAGCGUAUGGAUGUUAAUCUGUUGGAGACAGGAGCCUGGACAGAUAACCAUGGCAGGUGGCUUCGGUUUGACAGCAUAACCCAGAAGGCAGACGGAGAGUACGAGUGUCUGGCUUCAAACACACAGGGAUCCGUCACACACUCCUACACUGUCACUGUGGAAGCUGAGCCGUACUGGGUGAAGGAGCCCCCGUCACUGUUGUACUCCCCUGGGGAGACAGUGAGGCUAGACUGUCAGGCCGAGGGUAUCCCCACCCCUACUGUCACAUGGAGUAUAAACGGAGAGCCUGUCGCAGAGGUAGACAUUGACCCUCGGCGGCGGGUGACCGGAGGGGUGUUGGUCCUAAAAGAUGUAGUGUUUGGUGAUACGGCGGUGUACCAGUGUGAAGCCACCAACAAACACGGAAAUAUCCUAAAAAAUACUUACAUCUAUGUCAUUGAGCUGCCAGCUCAGAUCCUGUCCUCUGAUGGGGUGGUAUAUCAAGUUACGGAGGGGGGCGUGGCCAGACUGCAUUGUGAGGCCUUCGGGUCACCCCGUCCACAGGUCACAUGGGAGAGUGAGGAUCUCCAGAACACCUUGCUGUCGGACAGUCGUGUGUCUCAGCUGACCAAUGGGACGUUGGAGCUGUUUAAUAGUAGCAGAGAGGACAGUGGAGUCUACACCUGCUCCAUUACACACAACAACACCUCCAUCACCGCUCACCUGGAGGUCCUCAAACGUACGGUGAUGCUGAUCGGUCCCCAGGCUGUACAGGUUACGAGGGGAGGAGACUCCUGGUUGGACUGUCAUUUCACCUUUGACCCCCAUCUGAACCGACCCCAAAUCCUCUGGAGGAAAGACGGACAGAAGAUCAUGGAGUCAUCACUGGGAGACAAGUACACUCUACUUGGGAAUGGAACCCUCAGAGUGACAGACAUUCAAUCAGCAGACGAAGGGCUUUACUCCUGUGAGGUCAUCACAGAUCUGGACAGCGUAUUGGCCAGUGGCUCCAUCACUGUAGUGGCCUGUCCCAGCCCUCCAAUGUUUCUGUCUCUGUCUGAAGAGCAGGACCACAACCUGACUCUCAGCUGGACACCUGGAAACACACACAACUCCCCCACCACAGAGUUUGUGGUGGAGGUAAAGGAGGAGAAACAUCCUGAGGGGACGUGGGAGUCACACCGUGUGACUGGGGAUGUCAAUCAUCUGGAGUUACACCUCCUACCGUACUCCACCUACCGCUUCCGGGUCAGCGGGGUCAACAGACUGGGGAGGAGCGACCCGUCAGAAAUAUCUGAGGCCUACAGCACCCAACCCACAGUUCCUGAAAGUUACCCUCUAAAUGUGCGUAGUGAGUCUACAGAACCAGGAACACUGGUCAUCAUGUGGGAGGAGAUUGACCGUCGUUUGUACAACGGGUCGGGGUUCCAGUAUAAGGUGUCAUGGCGACAGGUUCAGGAGCAUCACUGGAGCCAUACCCAUGUUCCACAUCCUCCCUACCUGGUGAACGGAACCAGAGCGUUCUCUAGUUAUGAGAUGAAGGUCCAGGCUGUCAACUCUCUGGGAGAGGGGCCACAUCCUGUUCCUGUUAUAGGACACUCUGGAGAGGACUACCCGCUGGCCUCUCCAUCUAAAAUCAGUGUGUCAGUAGAUAACAGCUCAGCCAUUGUAAGGUGGCAGCCGGUUGACACACACACGGUCCAGGGUCACCUGCUGGGUUAUAAGAUAUAUCUGAAGAGGUUGGGUUCCCAGGGAGGAAGAGAGCAUAGAGUUAUUGGACGCAGAGAGGUGAGAGAGAUUAAGGGAGGAGUGGAGCGAGGAACGGAGAGAAAGGAGGAGAGGUGGGUUGUGGAGGUGAACGGCAACAAGACAAAAGAUGUGGUGACGGGGCUCAAACUCUAUUCCCUGUACGAGCUGUCAAUGACAACCUUCAACAAAAAGGGGGAGGGGCCUCACUCACCGACACACCCCUUCAGGACACCGGAGGGAGUUCCUGGUCCUCCUGCCUCUCUGGAGUUUGAGAGUCCGUCGGAGACAGAGUUAACCCUUCACUGGAGGCCCCCCACUCAGCCCAACGGACAACUUGUGGGAUAUGUUCUACAGUACCAACAGAUUUCAGACAGCCGAAACAGUCCUCCUCAGGUAGAGGUGAUCUAUGACCCUGUGUCUCCCCUCUCCAGUUUCAGACAGCCGAAACAGUCCUCCUCAGUUUCAGACAGCCGAAACAGUCCUCCUCAGGUAGAGGUGAUCUAUGACCCUGUGUCUCCCCUCUCCAGUUUCAAACAGCCGAAACAGUCCUCCUCAGUUUCAGACAGCCGAAACAGUCCUCCUCAGUUUCAGACAGCCUCUAACCCUGUGUCUCCCCUCUCCAGUUUCAGACAGCUGAAACAGUCCUCCUCAGUUUCAGACAGCCGAAACAGUCCUCCUCAGGUAGAGGUGAUCUAUGACCCUGUGUCUCCCUCUCCAGUUUCAGACAGCCUGGACAGUCCUCCUCAGGUAGAGGUGAUCUAUGACCCUGUGUCUCCCCUCUCCAGUUUCAGACAGCCUCUAACCCUGGAGUCUCCCCUCUCCAGUUUCAGACAGAGUUUCAAUAUUAACUUCUUACCUCCCAGUAACAUCAGCACAGCGGUAGGAGAACGGUCAGUCAACCUGAGCUGGGUCCCUGGAGACAGAUAUAGGAACCACAGCUUCCACAUCAAAUACCUCAGCAAGACUGUUGGGGGUAAGUGGGAGGAGUCAGAACAGGUUAACACGUUGCAGGCAUUCUAUUCGCUUACGGGUCUUCAGCCUGGAACACAGUACCGCCUCCUCAUCACCCAUGGCAACUACACACACUGGGAGGACGAGAUACAGACAACUGGUCCAGAGCUACGUGGUGUGGAAGGUGAUUUUGCUACUCAAGGCUGGUUCAUAGGGCUGAUCAGUGCUGUAGUGUUGCUGUUGUUGCUGCUUCUGGUUCUCUGUUUCAUCAAGAGGAGUAAAGGGGGCAAGUACGCAGUGAAAGACAAGGAAGAGAGUCAGAUGGACUCCGAGGCUCGACCAAUCAAAGACGAGACGUUUGGAGAGUACAGAUCUCUGGAAAGUGAUGGUGAUGAGAAGCGGUCAGUCAGUCAGCCAUCUCUGUGUGUGGAGAGUAAACUGGGGAGUGACGACUCCCUUGCCGAAUACGGAGACAGUGUCGACAUCCAGUUCAACGAGGACGGCUCUUUCAUUGGUCAAUACAGUGGCAGGGCCCGCCCUACAGGAAAUGAGAGCUCUGGCCCUGCCUCCCCUGUCAAUCUAGAACCACCGCCUCCUCCGAUAGGCCCCUCCUUCGCCGGAAUACUGGACAGGACCAGUUAAAUAGAACAGACACACACACACCAUCAGACCGCCUGCAUGAAGACACAUCAUUCCUGACACCACUGCCAUCAGACUGCCUGCAUGAAGACACAUCAUUCCUGACACCACUGCCAUCAGACUGCCUGCAUGAAGACACAUCAUUCCUGACACCACUGCCUGCCUGCCUGCUAGACAUACAUAAGUCCAGUACAUUCCAUGGGGGUACAAGAGAAGUCCUUUACAGAUCAGCUUGCCUUCUCUACUCCACGUUUACAGACACGGUAAUACACACAGGGCAGUACACACAUCUGGUAACACACAGUAAUACACACACUCAGAAUGCAGCAGUCACUACUCCAAAACCCUUUGAUGCAGUGUACCAUAGCGCACUUCGUUUAUCACAGGUAACAGGUUUAAUCCACACCACUGCGUCCUUUAUCAGAAGGUCUCCUGAACCUCAAUAAAAUCUCAUAGAACACUUCAUUACUCCCUCUUUGUUGAUAAAGCAUCCAACACUUCUCUUAAAAUUUAAAAUGCAAUGCAAUGGACCAACUCUUAACAAUUUGUAAGUCGCUCUGGAUAAGAGCGUUUGCUAAAUGACUUAAAUGUAAAUGUAAAUGUUAAGGUCCCUCGUGUCUCUACCAACCAAUCAGCUUUUAGUUUCAACGCCCCCCCCCCCAUCUUGAAUCCCCGGUGCCAAUAGGGCAGUUUAGAAUCCUGAUGAAACUCACUGAUGUGUGUGAGUGUUCUUUAGAAUGCUGAUGAAACUCACUGAUGUGUGUGAGUGUUCUUUAGAAUGCUGAUGAAACUCACUGAUGUGUGUGAGUGUUCUUUAGAAUGCUAAUGAAACUCACUGAUGUGUGUGAGUGUUCUUUAGAAUGCUGAUGGAACUCACUGAUGUGUGUGAGUGUUCUUUAGAAUCCUGAUGAAACUCACUGAUGUGUGUGAGUGUUCUUUAGAAUGCUGAUGGAACUCACUGAUGUGUGUGAGUGUUCUUUAGAAUGCUGAUGGAACUCACUGAUGUGUGUGAGUGUUCUUUAGAAUGCUGAUGGAACUCACUGAUGUGUGUAAGUGUUCUUUAGAAUGCUGUUGGAACUCACUGAUGUGUGUGAGUGUUCUUUAGAAUGCUGAUGGAACUCACUGAUGUGUGUGAGUGUUCUUUAGAAUGCUGAUGAAACUCACUGAUGUGUGUGAGUGUUCUUUAGAAUGCUGAUGGAACUCACUGAUGUGUGUGAGUGUUCUUUAGAAUCCUGAUGAAACUCACUGAUGUGUAUGAGUGUUCUUUAGAAUGCUGAUGGAACUCACUGAUGUGUGUGAGUGUUCUUUAGAAUGCUGAUGAAACUCACUGAUGUGUGUGAGUGUUCUUUAGAAUGCUGAUGGAACUCACUGAUGUGUGUGAGUGUUCUUUAGAAUGCUGUUGGAACUCACUGAUGUGUGUGAGUGUUCUUUAGAAUGCUGAUGGAACUCACUGAUGUGUGUGAGUGUUCUUUAGAAUGCUGAUGGAACUCACUGAUGUGUGUGAGUGUUCUUUAGAAUGCUGAUGGAACUCACUGAUGUGUGUGAGUGUUCUUUAGAAUGCUGAUGGAACUCACUGAUGUGAGUGUUCUUUAGAAUGCUGAUGGAGGAGGAACUCACUGAUGUGUGUGAGCGUUCUUUAGAAUGCUGAUGGAUCUAACUGAUGUGUGUGAGUGUUCUUUAGAAUGCUGAUGGAACUCACUGAUGUGUGUGAGUGUUCUUUAGAAUGCUGAUGGAACUCACUGAUGUGUGUGAGUGUUCUUUAGAAUGCUGAUGGAACUCACUGAUGUGUGUGAGUGUUCUUUAGAAUGCUGAUGGAACUCACUGAUGUGUGUGAGUGUUCUUUAGAAUGCUGAUGGAACUCACUGAUGUGUGUGAGUGUUCUUUAGAAUGCUGAUGGAACUCACUGAUGUGUGUGAGUGUUCUUUAGAAUGCUGAUGGAACGCACUGAUGUGUGUGAGUGUUCUUUAGAAUGCUGAUGGAACUCACUGAUGUGUGUGAGUGUUCUUUAGAAUGCUGAUGGAACUCACUGAUGUGUGUGAGUGUUCUUUAGAAUGCUGAUGGAACGCACUGAUGUGUGUGAGUGUUCUUUAGAAUGCUGAUGGAACUCACUGAUGAGUGUUCUGGUUGACUGUAAUAAUGUAUUUGUGUUGUAGUAAUGUAGUGUUUCUAUAACUGCUGCUUUUUGCUGUUUUAUUAAAUGAUCAUAUUGAAUAGUUUGUUUUCAGGGCACCACUGAGACGCUGAUUUAAAUUGGGCUUCCCUGAACACAUACAAGUUGAAUAAAAAACACACACCUAUAAGAGCCCGAGACCAAAC